AUGUCUCCUUCAAUAGUCACAAUAGACAACACCCCAGACUUCGACUUCGCGUCCGACUUCAACCCCGCCCCCACCAAGCAGACGAAGAAUGGCAUCACCACCGCCACCACCACACAGAACCGCACCCUCCUCCUCGCCCCGCCCUCGAUAGCCGCCCAAGGUACCAGCGCCCUUCCCACUUUCGACCGCGACACAACAGACCUGCAGAUGCUUGACCGCCUCUACGCCGGCCUCGUCACCCUCCCCGCCGCAACAUAUGACCUCGUCCUGCUCCUGACCGACACGGAUGGCGCGAGGCACGCAGAGGCAACCGGCCUUCUGUCUCGCGGCGUCUUCGCGUCGCUCGUGGAUGCCAUGAGGUCCGGUGCCUCGCUCAGGACCCAGGACGGGCGGUUCGACGCCUCCGAGUCAAGGGAGGCGGUGCUCGCGGGGCUGGUCGAGAAGGACGGCGGCUACGAGAAGGUCGAGGAAGAGGAGGUUGUCGUGCCGCUGCGGUUCGGGAAAAAGAAGACCACGCCGGCGGCGGACCAUCUCAAGAACAACAGUAACGGCAACGGCAACGUGCACAGCUCUGCCGGCCCGGCGGUGGACAAGGUCAUGAUCGAUGUCGCUGGGAAGCCCAAGACGUUGGACAUGGUGCCCCCCGCGGUGAAGCCUGUCGCGGGUGUUGGCUUUGACUUUGGUGAUGACUUUGACGAUGACGACGAGUUGAUCGACGAGGACGAGCUCAUGACGGAGGAGGACCUGAACCGGCCUGUGCAAAUGCCCCCGGAGUGCAAGCCCCAGCCCGGCAAGAAGCGCCGCGCCUGCAAGGACUGCACCUGCGGCCUGGCGGAGCGCAUCGAGGCACAGGACAAGGCCCGCCGCGCCAAGGCGGACAAGGACCUCAACACGCUCAAGCUCAAGUCCGAGGACCUCAACGAGCUGGACUUCACGGUCCAGGGCAAGACGGGCAGCUGCGGCAGCUGCUCCCUCGGCGACGCCUUCCGCUGCUCCGACUGCCCCUACAUCGGGCUGCCGCCCUUCAAGCCCGGCGAGGAGGUCACCAUCCUGAACAACGUGGCCCAGUUCUGA